AUGCGGACGGAUGGGCAGCACAAUUCUCCACUGAAUGGUCAACAUAAGAGUCAAUUUACAGUUCAGCUUGGAGACUACGUUAGUUUCGACGAUGAAAAAACCGCACGUAAAGCCUCUCCUUGCGCCCCGAUGAAGAUGGACUCUUUCAACUCAUCAAGAUCGUUCACUUCGGACAGAAAUGAAUAUGCUUCAAAUCGUCGCGAUAGUUCAUUACAACUCUACGAUACCGAACACGGGCCUCCUUCAGCAUCGUUCUUAUUACCGAGCCAAUCGAGUCCAUUGAAUCCGAAGAGCACCAAAUUCGGCUGGUGGAAUCCUAUGUGGUUGAUGUAUGGUUUCUUUACUAUCGGCAUAGGCGGAGCAGUAGGACAUCAUGCAUUUUAUGCGUCGCUUGACGGUACAGAGGCUAGAGAGCAGCUGAGAAUGCUUCGAUAUGGCGCAGCACUCUCAUACGUAGCGAAAGCAUUUCUGAUGGCUUCCGUUGUGCUGGCAUUUCGACAACAAAUUUGGGCAACCGUUCGAAGAAAACUUCUCUCCGUCGGAGCAAUCGAUAGUCUAUUUGCCGUGAUCGAAGACCCAUUCGCGAUGCUUAAUCUGGAGGUGUUCAAAAGUGCAAAGAUUGCAAUGUUCCUAGCACUCGUAGUAUGGACUUCUCCUCUCACUGUUAUUUUGACACCUGGAACUCUGACCGUGGAGUCAGCAGAGCUGGUGAAUGCUACGAUGUGUCCUUCAGUCCGCACACUCAAUUUUUCUCCUGAAGCUAACACCCAGUGGCGCGAUAUGCCUAAAGUAAAUGGAUUUAAUGAACUCUCACUUUCUUGGUUCAACUCCACCACUUCCGGGAACAAGCCUCUGGACGGAAAUGAUCCUCAAAACUCAUUUGAUUAUUACACGUCCCCUAGCCAGCAGGUUGUAUCAAUAGCGACAUUAAGUACCUAUCUACAGGCGCCUGUCGGGAGGACCAACGCAUCGAUCGAAGUUUGUGGUAGUGGGUGGAAUUGCACGUUCCAAAUCACAUUUGAUGGGCCGGGCUAUAAAUGCUCUGAUGUUCUUGAAAGUGAGAAGGAUGCUCCAUUUAAUAAAAGCGUGCUUCUUCCAUCAGGUACCUCGAGCUACGUAGCACACGCGUCACUAGGCGAAUACGCAAGUGUUCAGCUCGAAUCUGGCAUCGGCGGUAUACCCCUCCAGCCCGCUCCUUAUCCAGCCGAUUUCGGGGCCUUUCGAACUGAGCCAAUCAUCUGGAUAGGGCACUCAGUGAUCAAGGAUCCUAGUCAGCCGUUUCCUCAGAAUUCAUCGGACCCGAACUGGGAUACCGCAUUUGAACCUAAGAUUCUCAAAUGCGAACACUACGAAACGAAGUAUACCGUACAGAUCAAUUAUACAUCAGCUGUCCAAUUUACAAAUGUUACACAUGAAUACAUCAAACCUAUUGUGGACACUCAACUUGUCCCAGGGCUGGCUGCCAAUGACGGGACGAGAGAUAAUACAACGGCGACACCGGCUGAAAAUUAUGUUUUUCCUAACAAAGACGUCAAAAACUACCGCCUAGUCUCGGCAUACCAUUCUCUUGGUGUGCAGCUUCGGAAGAGCAUCAAUGGAACCAUCGAUUUCAAUGCUGCCGGAUUGCAAAUAACCAACACCGAUGCUACUAAUACUAAGAUAAUCGACAUGGAACAUUAUCUCCCCGUUCCAGAUCUUAUGGGAGCACUUCAGUCAUUGUAUGAUGAUAUCAUCCUCUCACUUCUGUCGAAUCCACAAUUCCUCGUUGUAGCAUGGGCCGCUGACCCAAGCACUCCCUCGGGCAAGAGAACGGACGGGCCUCUCCAUCCAUGCACUAGAACACGUAUUCGUAACAUUUUUGUUUAUAGGAAACGGGUGCUAUGGAUCGUUUACGGGAUAUUCAUUUCCUUGGCGACAAUAUCGAUAAUAUUUGGGGCGCUAGCAAUCGCAAAGAAUGAAGGUCAUUUCCGUAGAUCGCGAUUUUCGAGCAUUGUAGGGGCCUCGAGAGGUGCGCAACUUGAUCAUUUGGAUUGGAGAGUGGAUAAGAGAGGCCAUGUGCCUGGGAGUGUGCGAAGAACGAAGUUGCAGUAUGGUCAAGCGACACAUGGGACUGGGACACGCCGAGACCUAGGAGAGAUAUUUCACAAAUCCGACAAUUAA